AAAUGGAAAGAUUUUGGUUUCUCGUUUGGAUGUUGCUUGCCAGUCUACUGAACAGUGCAUUACCCCUGUACAGAGAUAAAAACAACAGUGCAAGAGACGCGGAUGCGGUUCAGGUUCUUCUCGCUAGAUAUCUACAGAAACGUCUUCAAGGCGCACAAUUAUCCACUCCACCGCCACCUUCUGUUUUCUUCAGUCUUAACCAUCAAGCUAGAGUGCGUUCAGCCUCCCAGAUGAAAUUCAACUCAGACUUACUUCAAGAUCAUGAAGAAAGACGUGAUCGUAAAGAGGAUUAUGAUGAUUACGAGGACGAUCUACAAGGAUUUGAGGAUACCGAAAGAGGCAGGACUAGAAUCAACCUAUUUUCCGGUAAUUAAACGAUCAUUUAAAUAUAACUCUU